AAAAAAUUUAUAAAAAAUGCCUUUGAACAUUUUAACGUUAAUUGAAUAUUUUAAGCUUUUCUGCGUAUAUGCAGUUGAUUUGUUAUUUUGUUUCAUAUGGGCGCCGAACUUUGCGGACUCGAAACUUGCGGAUACGGAUUUUGCGGAUCAUGAGAUUUUAGUGCUAGAAAUUUGUAUACCGACAAUUGGGUCUCUUGGACUUCGGAAAUUUCAAAAUUUUAAGUCUGCGGCGGUAAAUGUAAUUGAGCGGCGCUGUAUAGUAAAGCAGCUGGGCUAUAGCUGUUUCUUUCCUUUAGCUAGUGCAAAAGAAUAUUCGGCGGCUGGGAGCGAACCAGCAUCUACAGUAGUCCGGACUGAUGUGUUAGCCAUUACACCAUGUUGCCUACUGCAUAGCCUUAGGAAUUAA